GACACCGUAUCCCAUGUAAACAUCAAACAAUAUGGCGGCUUGAGAUUAUUUAUUAAUAUUUUUGUCUUUGGAAACAAUGGUUCUAUUUGAAAAUGUCUGUAUAGGGCAAAGAGUAGAGGUGCAGUGGAAACACGGAAUCUAUCGAGGAACAGUGAAAUUUAAAGGCGUUUUGUCGACAAAAAAGGGAGAUUGGGUUGGCGUGGCUCUUGAUCAUCCAGUUGGAGAUACAAAUGGGAUGAUUCUGGGCAGAAGAUACUUCCAGUGCCCAGAGAAAUGUGGAGCAUUCGUCAGGGCAGAUAAAAUAAGGUUUAUACAAUCUGGUCGAUGUUUGUUUGACAAAUAUCACAAAGUCGCCAGCAUUUCUUAUGUUGAUGAUUUUUUGUUCGAUUCACCCCCACUAGAAGUUAAAAAUGGCCCUUACGACCCAAUAAAAUUGUCCGUUGAUGAUUUUAGACGUGCCAAAAGUUCUGUUGGAGAUUAUAAUAGAUCAUCUGUCUGGGAAAAACCAAAGCAUUACAGCUUAAGACAUUCUGUUGGUAAUUUUAUUCCCGCUGCUACCAUGCUGCGCAGUCAAACAGCCUCCAAGCCAUUCAGGUACUUAUCUAUUCCCUUACAUGUUGACUACUGGUCAGGAGAUGAAUUUGAAAGGAAACCAUCCAUACCCAAAAUUCACAUGCCUCGUUCUGCAUUAAAAGAACAGGUGCAGAGAGGAUGGGAUGGGGCUCAUUAUGUCAGGGAGAUGACUAUACCAACUGGGAGGGACAAGAUCAAGUUUGCACAGUGGAAUGACAUUUCACCUUGACAUCUCAAAUGUCACUUUUGUAUCUCAAGGCCAUGUCAGUUGAUGUCACAGCCAAUUUUUUACCUCCUUUUUAAAAAUCAGUCAAUCAUAAAUUAUUAUUUUUUUUUAAAUA